AUGAACAUGUUUUUGGAUUCCACCGCUUAUCUCCACCAUGGUGAGCAUCAUGAGGACGAUCAUCACGGUGUCUCAUCCGACAGAUCUGCACCAGUCGUUGGAGAAAGGCCACGAGUCGUGCUCAGGACGCCCUCCAAGUCGGAGCCUCAUAUUGAGAAGCCCCAUUUGCUGAUGAGCCAAGAUGCUGAGCACCCAUCGCUGAAUCGCGUGCUUUCUUCACUGUUUGACUCGUCGGCCAUGACAAAAGGUCUUCAGCCGGGAGGACUGCAGACCAGCGCGAGUCGAUAUUUUCGUGGCUUUGCGUCGACAAAAGUUGGUUGGACGAUGAAUCUAAACAAUGAGCUGCCGCAUAUUCCAUUCAGCUCGGGCGCUUUGAUCGCCGACCCGGCGCACCUGCAGGCACCACCGCUGCGCAAGUCAUCUUCAGCGGUUGACUGGGCAGUCAGCCUCCAGGAUCCGAUCAGCAGAAAAUCGUCCUCCUCAUUCCAACAGCACGUAGCUGAUUGGACGCAGCACUUGGUGGAGGAUAACGCGCGGAAGCCGAGCUACACCCAGCUGUACAGUCAUCACUUGGAGAAUUUGUCUGUGGCACCGGUGAGGAAGAGCUCGUCGGCCACCUUCACCCAUCCUCCUGUUCCUCAGGAGUCGCAGCACGGCCCUACCACCCAGGGAGGGCUUGUGAUGAGCACUGCCACCACUGAGCGCCAACAAAUGGUUCAAUCAACGCACGUCAAUACUUCUCCUUUCUCGCAGCAUAUCGUCGCUGCUUCAUCAGCCACAACCCACACCGCAGGGCCACUGUCAAACCCGCUGGACCCGGUAGCCCAACCCCCAAGCAAGAGCGGCGGCAUGCUCGGAAAUAUGUUCAAGUCCGGAUUCUUUGCCCGACCCGUUGUCCGUACAGAAGAAGAAAACUAUCGCUACAUGAUGGCCCUCGACCGU